AUGACUGCUAUCAACCAAUUCAUUCAGGAUUUCCCAACGGCGCAGAGGGACGAGGUCUGCGAUCUCCUCAAGGAAGAGUUUAAUAUAGAGGUCCAUCCCACGACCGCAGGCAGGAUCCUGAAAAAGCUCGGCCUCACACGCAAGAGGGUGAACAAGAUUAAUAUUCGGCGUGAUGAAUCGCUAGUCACAGCGUUCCUGGCCAACAUGACCCAGUACUCAGUUGAACAACUUGUCUGCCUUGACGAGAGUGCCGCAAACGAGAGGACUAGCGAUCGUAAAUAUGGCUGGUCCCCACGAGGAGUACCCUGUCGAGUGAGGGCUUUUAAUAGGCGGAGCAUUCGCUGGAGUAUCCUCCCAGCGCUUACGAUCGAUGGGUGGCUCGAUUAUGAGAUCUUUCAGGGUUCCUUUAACGGAGAGAGAUUCCUAGCCUUCGUUGAGAGGCUGUUGGGAUAG